AUGGCUGCCAUGCCUGUCUGUCUCAAUUUUGUCGUGGGUCCAAUCCAAAUGCUUAAACUAUAUGGCAUUCCUUACUGGGUACCUGAUGCUGUAACUAUAUUUGUAAUGUGGUUGGAUUUCGUGACUUACUUGCAUCACCAUGGCCAUGAAGACAAGCUCCCUUGGUACCGUGGAAAGGAAUGGAGUUACCUGAGAGGAGGGCUCACAACACUGGAUCGUGAUUAUGGAUGGACUAACCAGUCCAGGCACUUAUUAACCGGUUUUAGCUGCAGUUUGAAAGCUGGCGAAAGCAGGUGGUGCAAGGAGAGGGUUAAGCAGAAGCGCAGCUACUGCAGAGAUGAAUAUAACCGUUCCAGUAGAUAG